AUGGACUCUUCAAAGAGUGCAUUACUGAGCUCGCAGGGGGCACACCCUGUCAUCCUGCCAAGGACCUGUGCACUCACGAAGAGACUUGUUGAGGACACGCACAAAUUUACUUUACAUGGACUCCCCCAGCUGAUGUGCUCGGUCCUCAGAUCAUUUUGGAUCACCAGAGGAUAUCGACUAUUUUCUGGCAUCUACCAGCGCUGUCCAACGUGCAUCUACUACAGCAGUCACACAGCUCAACAGCAAAAGGGCCAGUUGCCUCCUUUUCGCAUUACUCCAUCUCAACCGCUCAACAUUACUGGAUUAGACAACAUAGGACCUAUACCUGUUCGAUUCUCCAAAGGACGAGGAGCCAAGUCUGUCAAAGGCUAUUUAGCAAUUUUCGUUUGUGUGGUCACUCGCACCAUCCACAUUGAGGUUGUGUCUGACCUUACGACAGACUCCUUUUUAGCAGCAUUUGCUCGAUUUUGUUUACGCCGAGGAACAUGCUCGCUGUUGCUCUCAGACAACGCUACAACAUUUGUUGGGGCAACUAACGAGUUAACAAAACUCUUCAAACAAUCAUCGGAAUUCUCAACAAAAAUCCGCGACGAAAUAUCAAAGCAAGGAGUUCAAUGGAAAUUCAUUCCACCUCAUGCACCCCACUUUGGUGGACUUUAA